AUGGCUGGAAUUGCCGCAAUAAUUGACAACGAACAAUUUGUCCAUAAGCUGGACCAAUCCCAUACAGAUACUGAAAAUAUUAGUAGAGAGGCACAAAACACAUCAGAUAUAUUACCUGGAUUCAAUGUUCCAAACCAAGUACAAUUUCGUUUAAACGAUAACACUAAGGAAAUUCAAAAUUAUGAAAAAGAAACAAUGAGCGAAAAUAAAACUGAACAGCUCAACAGUUCAGAUUAUAAGUCACCAAAGAGCAUGACCAAUGAAGUUUCACUCGAUUCAAUCGAUUUGUUAUCAACUAAUAUAACGAAAACAGACGCACAUUACGAAAUCGGCGUGUCAUCAGCCAGUACCAAAACAAAGGGCUCCUCUGACUUUUUCGAGGUGUCACCAGCUAACACAAAUAUCAGCGGCUCCGCUUAUCUGAUAGAUGUGUCACCAACCAAUACCGAAACGGAAUGGUCAUCUGAUCCAGGUGGUAUGUCACCGACCAAUACCAAAACUGGGGACCCUAGUGGUAUGUCAGCAGCCAAUACCAAAACAGGAGGAACAUCUGAUACCGGUAGUAUACUAGCAAUCAAUGACAAAACAGAAUUGUCUUAUGAUCCCAGUUAUAUGCCACCAGCCAAUAUGAAAACGAGAGAGUCAUCUGAUCAUAAUGGUAUAUCGCCGACGUCAUUUGAUCCUAGUGGUAAGUCACCGUCAGAUACAAAAACGGGAGAGUUAUAUGAUCCUAGUGGAAUGUCACCAACCAAUAUUACUACGAAAGGGUCAUAUUAUUCAAGUAAUAGGUCACUGACUAAUGCCAAAACGGAAAAGUCAUCUCAUCGUAUUGGUAUGUCACCGGCCAAAGUUAAAACGGAAGGGUUAUCUGAUUCUAGUGGUAUGUCACCGACCAAUACCGAAACAGACUGGUCAUUGGUUCAUAGUGUUAUGUUACCGAUCAAUACCACAACAAAAGAGUUAUCUUAUCCUAGUGGUAUGUUACCGACCAAUACCAAAACAGACGGGUCAUCUGAUUCUAGUGGUAUGUUACGGACCAAUACCACAACGGACGGGUCAUCUUAUUCUAGUGGUAUGUUACCGACCAAUACCACAACGGACGGGUCAUCUGAUCCUAGUGGUAUGUUACCGACCAAUACCACAACGGACGGGUCAUCUGAUUCUAGUGGUAUGUUACGGACCAAUACCACAACGGACGGGUCAUCUUAUUCUAGUGGUAUGUUACCGACCAAUACCACAACAGACGGGCCAUCUGAUUCUAGUGGUAUGUUACCGACCAAAAAGAAAACAAAAGAGUUAUCUUAUCCUAGUGGUUUGUUACCGACCAAUACUACAACAGACGGGACAUCUGAUUCUAGUGGUAUGUUACCGACCAAUACCAAAACAGACGGGUCAUCUUAUUAUAGUGGUAUGUUACCGACCAAUACCACAACGGAGGGGCAAUCUUAUUCUAGUGGUAAGUUACCGACCAAUACCACAACGGACGGGUUAUCUGAUUCUACUGGUAUGUUACCGACCAAUACCACAACAGACGGGUUAUCUGAUUCUAGUGGUAUGUUACCGACCAAUACCACAACAGACGGGCCAUCUGAUCCUAGUGGUAUGCCACCGACUAAAAAUAAAACAGAAGAGUUAUCUGAUUCUAGUGGUAUGUCACCAACCAAUAACAAAUUAGGAGAGUUUUCUUAUCCUAGUGGUAUAUUACCGACCAUUACCAAAACGGACGGGUCAUCUGAUCCUAGUGGUAUGUUACCGACCAAUGCCAAAACGGGAGGGUCAUCUGGUUAUAGUGGUAUGUUACCGACCAAUACCACAACAGACGGGUCAUCUGAUUCUACUGGUAAGUUACCGACCAAUACCAAAACCAACGGGUUAUCUGAUUCUACUGGUAUGUUACCGACCAAUACCACAACAGACGGGUUAUCUGAUUCUAGUGGUAUGUUACCGAUCAAUAUCAAAACAGAAGGGUCAUCUGAUUCUACUGGUAUGUUACCGACCAAUACCACAACAGACGGGUCAUCUGAUUCUACUGGUAUGUUACCGACCAAUACCACAACAGACGGGUUAUCUGAUUAUAGUGGUAUGUUACCGACCAAUACCAAAAGAGAAGGGUCAUUGGGUCCUAGUGGUAUGUUACCGACCAAUUUCAAAACGGGAGAGUCAUAUGAUCCAGGCGAUAUUUCACAGACCACUAUUAAAAGGGGAGGAUCAUCUGGUUAUAGUACUACGUCACCUACAAAUGAUGGAACGGGAGAGUACUAUGAUUCUAGGGAUGGUUCACUGACUAAUGCCAAAAAGGAAUUGUCAUCACAUCCUAGCUAUAUGCCAAAAAACAUCACCAAAACGGGAGGUUUAUCUGAUCAUAAUGGUAUGUCAUCGACCAAUGAUACCUCGGGAGGAUCACCUGAUACUAGUCAUAUGUCAAAGACCAACACCAAAACGAGAGAUUCAUCCGAUCAUAGAGGUAUGUUACCGACCAAUAAUACAACGGAAAGCUUAUCCUUUCCUAGUGGUAUGUCACCCAUCACUAUUCCCUCAAGAGGGUCAUCUGAUCUUAGUGGUAGUUCAGCAACCAAUGAUAAAACAGGAAGGCAUUAUGAUCUUAAUCAUAUGCCUUCAACAACUUCCAAAACAGGAGAGUCAUCAGACCCUAACAACAAAACAGGAGAGUCAUCUGACCCUAACAACAGAACAGGAGAGUCAUCCGACCCUAACAACAAAACAGGAGAGUCAUCUGACCCUAACAGCAAAACAGGAGAGUCAUCUGACCUUAACAACAGAACAGGAGUGUCGUCCGACCCUAACAACAAAACAGGAGAGGCAUCAGACUCUAGCAACAAAACAGGAGUUUCAUCUGACCUUAAAAACAAAACAGGAGAGUCAUCUGACCUUAACAACAGAACAGGAGAGUCAUCUGACCUUAACAACAGAACAGGAGAGUCAUCAGACUCUAGCAACAAAACAGGAGUGUCGUCCGACCCUAACAACAAAACAGGAGAGUCAUCUGACCUUAACAACAGAACAGGAGAGUCAUCUGACCUUAACAACAGAACAGGAGAGUCAUCAGACUCUAGCAACAAAACAGGAGAGUCAUCUGCCCCUAACAACAAAACUGGAAUGUCAUCUGACCUUAACAGCAAAACGGAAGGGUCAUCUGACACUCCAACUGAUAAUUUUUUACUAUAUCAUUUAUCGAACAGUACACAUAAUAAGGUUUCCUCUGUUACAAUAGGCAUGUCAUUUGUAGAAACAAACAUUCCAGACGGAAAUGAUACAAUGGGUUUGCUGUUAGGAGAUACAAACAAAACCGACUCAUCUGGUACACUAGGUCCAUCAACGACAAAUACACGCAACACAGACUCCUCGUUAGGCACGACUUCUGUGAAAACAAACAAUACAGACAUUCAUGUGGCAACAGACCUUCACGCAAGAUAUACAAAUAAAACAGAAUCCUCUCAUAUAACAAACAUGUUGACAAAUACAAACUUAUCUAAUCCAUUAAAUGAUUCUUUAAUUACACAUGGUACAUCAGAUUUAAUCGGUGUGACAUCAUCAAUCCAUACAGAUGCCUUAGUUAUACCUGAUGCACGCAUUGCGUCAUCAUCAACGCUUAAAAACAAUAUACAUAAAUCUGGUCUAGUCGAUACAAUCAGCUCUGAAACUGACGGAGAAAUGAGAGAUUUGAAUGACACUUUAUUUGUAUCGGAAACAGAGAAGUUAACUAAAUUUAACAAUUCAUUAAGAGAGAAAACGCACUUAUAUUUCUUUGAUAGUGAUGUUAAAGAUGGAUCUGGAAGUCUGAAUACGUCUAAAGGGCACACAACAACGUCAAAUGGAAAUAUUCGCCACGAUAAUAUUAUUGAUGAUACUGUUAUUAAUUAUACGGGAUCAGAUUUGGGACAAAACGAGAUGAAUAAUGCAAAAUAUGCCUUAGGAAGUGUUCCAUCGAAUCCAAUAAAGCAAAAAUAUAGCACAACUAGCCGACACGUGGGAAUGUAUAAAACAUCUGAUGAGGAUCGAAAUACCACAAUUACGUCAAUGACAUCACAUUUAAAGGACCAAAGAAGCAGCUCCAUGAAUACUUCAAGUGAAAUACUAGAUGCUGUUAAGGCUGAUCCAAGUAUUGGUUCUGUUUUAAACUCAUCAAUCAUUGACGUAUAUGAAUUUAACAAUACUUCUGUGCGGCCAGGAAGUUUUGAAUACAAACGUGAUCAACAUGGCAACAUGAAUCGAAAUAAAAAGAAAGAAAAAAACACAAACUUUGAAAACAAAAGCGAUUUAACUCAAAAUAAACUGGAAUCUGAAAAUAUUGUUGAUAUUGAAAAUUCAUUUCAUGAGGAAUCGAAACUGAACAGCGGCAUGCUGCAAUAUCCGAAAGGAGUAACGUAUGGUACCACUGAUCCCUAG